AACUUAGAAGUAGCAGCAGCAGCAGCAGCAGCAGCAGCAGCAGCAGUUAGUAGCAGCAAAAGAUAAAGCCAAUCGCUAGGUGGUGGACAAGACGGACCUAGAUAUGGUGGACAAAUCAUCAUCGUCACCACCGCCGGCGGUGGCUCCUGAGGAUCGCCUGAAGGAGAAUAUUAAUCGCUGUCUAUCCAAUGCCCUGGUUAAGGGAUUUGGUGGCCUGGUUAUUGGCUCUGUGGUGACCCUGCUCUUCUUCCGGCGACGCAUUUGGCCAGUCUGGCUGGGCACCGGAUUUGGCGUUGGCAUGGCCUAUCGUGGCUGCGAAAAGGAGCUCAAUGAGAUCAAUUUCAACUCCCGGAAGUAGGGACAGACGGACAGAACUGGAACUGGAUCUGGACCUUGGCAUACUUUACUUAAAGCAUUUGCAUCAUUUAUGUUUCUUUGGAAUGUGAAACGAUUUAACAAUGUGAACAAUGAAGCAC